CCUCUUUAGAACACUAAACUUCAGUUCCACCUACAGGCUCAAGUGAAGGGAGUACACGCGUACUCGCACUGAGAAGGUUUUUUUUUAUCGUGUCAGAUCGACAGCUGGCACUGUUCACUCAAAAAGGCGGUUUUCAGUCAGUUGCCCUCAGCAUCAGCGUCUUUGGAUAGACUACACACAGGUGCAGAAUUACAGACCUAACUAUCCAGAAAGGAGGCUAAAAGGAGACAACAAGCAAAAUGGCCAUUUUUUCAUCAAGGGUGCUAAUUUCAGCCCGUCUAAUACUCCUCUCGUUUGUGGCGUACCAAAUGAUCGUGUCCCCACGAACAGUGAUUGAAUAUUCAGGAGUGAUGGUUCUAUCCUCUUCAAUGAAUUUACCACUUUUGAUGGUCAAUGAGAAGUCUCCCAUAUAUGGUACGAUCGGGGUGGUGUUGAUCUCAGUCGUAUUGUCCGACAUUGGUCCACUCUUCGAGGGAAACAGCUCUUAUUUCGAAUCUACAAUUUUCAUCAGGUUGUCCUUUUUCUUUGGACUCUGUGCUUACUGCUACCUUGGAACGUGGGUUGUGUUGUGUAACAGUAUUGUCUUUACCUACAGCUUUUUGGAGGUUUGGUUUGGAAUCUUGACCUUUUCAACCUUGAAGGAAGAAAAAUUAACCAGAGCCAAGAAGGACAUGUCAGCUGAAGCUGAGUACAGUGAAAAAUAUCAAAGAGGUGAAUUACCUGCUGAAGAAGAGCAGAAGUACGAAGAGACUCUCAAAGAAGAAGAAUACAAGAAGAUCAUGGAGGAGUUCAAGAAUUAGCAGAGUCCUUUUUUACUUGAAAAAUCGACAACGUAUGUUGAUAAAACAAUUAUUGCAAAUUGAUUGCUAGAUUUUAACUGCGUCCAUUUUAUCUCAUAAUUAUCACUCCUAGGAAAGA